CCAAUCCACGCCUUCUUAAUGUGAAAGAUCUAAUUUCCGCCAUAUUGGUUUUAUUCGGCAGCAUGAGUAUUCCAGUGAUAAUAGAUAUUGCUGUUCCAGAUCAGACAGCAGAACUGCGAAGUUUUUUAAAAUCAUCUGGAGCUGAAAUAUCGGGUGAAAAUGCCGAGGCUGGACUUUUGGUUGACUUGAAAAACAUCAUUGAAGCCAGUGAUAUUUGCUGGAAAGAACUCAACAGUGAUGCUGACAUUGAAAUGGUAUUUAACGGUGUUAUAUCUUUGGUUUUAUUACUACCACCCAAUGAAGCAGAAAGUGUGGUUACACUGUUUUGUGAAAAAGUAGGAAAAGCUCCAGCAACAGACAAAAGAAUAAACAUCAGAUUAAAAAUGUUGUCGAAUCUGUUCCAUGGUGUUGAAGCUUCUUCUCCAUUACGUUAUGUUGUAUAUCUAAGUCUAGUACGUUUAGCGGGACAGGCAGACAUGUUGAGUAUGGCACCUACAGAUCUAGAUGAGAUAAAAGUAUGGAUAGCUAAAUGGGACAUCAGUGCACAGAAAGUACAGACAUUAUUAAGAACGCUUCACAAUGCUUUAACACUUGCAAAAGCCAUAAAUUCAACUAAAGUAUUGAUUGAGUUACUAGGAACAUAUACAGAAGAUAAUGCCUCACAAGCUAGAGAAGAUGCUCAUAAAUGUAUUGUAACUUGUCUAGCUGAUAAAGAUAUGUUUUUAAUGGAUCAUCUACUCACUUUAAAACCAGUUAAAUUUUUAGAAGGGGAACUAAUACAUGAUCUUCUCACAAUCUUUGUUUCGGGCAGAUUAGCUCAGUAUCAACAAUUUUAUAAAAAUAACACAGAUUUCGUCACAUCAUUUUUAGGUUUAUCACAUGAAGAUAAUUUACAGAAGAUGAGAGUUUUAACUUUUAUGCAGACAGUAGAGAAUAGAAAAGAAAUAGAUUAUUCUACUAUAGAGAAAGAAAUGCAGAUAGAUGAAGUUGAUGUUGAAGAAUUUAUUAUCAAUGUUUUGAGGACGAAAACAGUUCAAGCCACAAUUGACCAAAUGCAGAAAAAAGUGAUAAUAAAUUGGACAACACAUCGUACAUUUGGAAAACAACAAUGGCAACUACUGCGACAAAAGUUGGCCAGUUGGCAGACUAAUCUGUCUAAUGUAGAAGCCAGUCUGCAUUCAUUAGCGGCCAUGUCCCAAACACCUGCAUCGUAAUAUUAUUUAAUAUAAUGACUAUCAAAAUGGAUAAAUAGUUUAAAACCA